AGCGGAGGCAGCAGCCGCCGCCCUAACAAACGCCCAACUUCAUCUGUGGUUCCUCUAGGUUUUCAGCAUGAUUUAUCGUCUUCAUAGCUUUGAGGUACUGAAGGCAUGUAUUGAAGACAUACUCUCUACAAUAAAACCAGAGGAAGAUGAUCGAAAGAAACGAUUAUGUGCAAUUCAGGAGCUAGCAGAUUCCAUUUACUCAGUUGGGGCCUUGAGAGGUGCUGUUGUCAAACCUUUUGGAUCCUUUAUAUCAAACCUUUAUGCAAAGUCAGGUGAUUUGGAUGUUUCAGUUGAUCUCUCAAGCAGCUCAAGAAUCCGUACAAGCAAGCAAAAGAAGCAAAAUGCCUUGAGAGAACUGAUGAGAGCUUUACAAAUUAGAGGUGUUGCUAGAUAUGUGGAGUUCAUUCCUAAUGCAAGGGUUCCAAUAAUUCAGUACAUGAGCAACCAAUUUGACAUUUCCUGUGAUAUAUCAAUUAACAACUACCCUGGUCGGAUUAAAUCCAGAAUCUUCUACUGGAUCAAUACCAUAGAUGAGCGCUUUCGUGAUAUGGUUUUAUUGGUCAAGGAAUGGGCAAAAGCUCAAAAUAUUAACGACCCAAAAAAUGGAACCCUGAACUCAUAUUCUCUGUGCCUACUUGUCAUUUUUUAUUUUCAGAGAUGUGAGCCUGCAAUUUUGCCACCUCUGAAGGAGAUUUAUGAUGGGGAUGUUGCAAAAGAAACGGUGUUUUAUGAUGAGAAAUAUGUUGAUGAGGUUUGUGCGGCAAAUAUAGCAAGGUUUCUACGCCAGAACAUGUUUUUAGGCAUCAGGGGCCUUUCAAGUAAGGUUAUAUCCACUUAUACGGGCCAGUUUGAGCGAAUCCAGGACAACCCAAGUUGGAUGGCCAAAUCAUACAGCUUAUUUGUCGAAGAUCCGUUUGAGAGACCUGAUAAUGCCGCCAGAGCAGUUGAUGCGGAGGAGAUGGAACGUAUUGAGCAAGCCUUCAAUCAUAUGAGCAGUAGGUUUAUUGGUGGUGCACUUGAUGACUGGGAUGAAUUGGUGUCACUGCUGUGUACACCUGCUGUUGGAUCUAUUCUUGGGGGAGUCAGGGCCAACCACCGCACAAAUACUCUGCCAAGUCAUCAGCUGUAUUCACCUGCAUCAGCUAACCUAUAUGAUAAUCAGCAUCACCAGCAAGCCAGAGGUUCUAUGCGAAGCAGAUCAAGCUCACAGUCACAGGGAUAUGCUAGAGGGCACCAGACGGCACGGUCUGAUCAGUAUCAUAAACAAUCGCAAGCCUAUAAUACAGAGGGCAUGACAGCAGGACAAUUUCAGAAUGUCCAUCGUCCAGAGGCUUAUAUUACAGGGCUUCAAACAGCAGUACCGCUCCAGUACAAUGAUUAUGUACGGUCGCAUGCAUCAGGGAGCCGAACAGUAGGCCGAUACCAGAACCAGCAGCAGAGAAGGGAGUACUCGCCAUACCAGCAUGCUGGCACUACAAGGCAUGAGCCUGCAGGUGGACGCUGGUUGGGCGAGGCACCAGCACGGGACUCUGGGUAUCAAGCCUCCUCGAGCAAUACAGCAUGGCAAUGGUAGCAGCCAUUCUGUGAAGGCGGCAGCUGCAUCAACUGACCCAUAGAGCGUCUCAGGAUAGCAGCAGUUCAUCUUCAGCUUUUGCGUGGCGAUAUGGAUGUAUUUAUGACAUUAGCAUAGCUUUUGCCUGACUAUGCAUCAACUUAUGGGAGCUUAGCUCAUGUCGUAAUGAAGCUGAUAUGUUAAUUUUGGACCUAGUCCUUAUCGCAGUAAGCCUGGAACUUGAUAUCUUCAAUCAGGGUAAUAUACGCUGCAGUGCUGAAAAUUGCUGCAAGUUAUCCGACAA